AUGCGUCUCGAUAUUGAUAAGCCAAUCGGCGAGGGAUUUGAUAGUCCAGAAGACCUCCGGGCAGCCAUUGCUGAGAUCUCAAAGCACACAGAGAGCCGAGGCGAGCAGCUGAAUUGGGCGAACCAUCUUAAAUUCUUGACUGCAGACCUCUCUGCCGAAAAGUCUGCCGAGGAAUCGGGGUCUGAUAGUACUGAAGAUGCAGACGAAGAUGCAGACGAGGACAAUGCAGAGCACAGCGAUGCCGGUAGUGUCGCUCCUUCUGAGGACGACGAGGACGACGAGGACGACUGCAGCUGCAACGACGCCGACAUCCGCAACUUCUCCCAUAACGACAGGCAGCUGCGUCUGACCACUAAAUCUGAAACACCAGACUGCUGUCACUACAUCGCCGUCUCCUACUGCUGGACAAGCACAGGUCAAGCUCCAUACAUGGGAGAGCCUUUCACACUCCAAACAAGCAGCAAUGAACCUCGGCCGACAUCAUGUCCUUCCUCUUUACUCGACCGCGUCAUCCAGUUCGCAAGUUGGAAGCAGGUAUCUCUCAUCUGGAUUGAUCAAGAAUGCAUCGACCAGUCCGACCCACAAGACAAGAAUGUCGGGAUUCAAAGCAUGGACCUUGUAUACCAGCAAGCAAGCUAUUGCCUAGCGGUGCUUGAGGCAACUAUUACAGAACAGCGACAUCUCACAGCCUUGAGUGAGCUACUUGAAAACAAUGUCGAGAUGGACGACCUCGAUAUGAUACGAGAUGUCUGCGAAGCACUGCGAAUCGUAAUGUCAGACCAGUGGUUCGAGCGAGCCUGGUGUCUGCAAGAGAGUGUCUCCGGCAAUCGACAAAUGACACUUUUAGUCAGAUGCAGUGAAGAUCUGGAAGUCCCAGGUCUGCUUGGAAGUGCCGUGACGGGAUGCUUCGAAAUGGAGCUUUCCGAGCUGCAUCACACCAUCGUUUCGUCUCUGGGUCUUCAUUUGGACCAAGUAGCAGAGUUACUUGAGCCUGCCAUUUUGAAGAGACAUCAACAGGUCAUCAACGACUGGUAUGAGAAUAUGGCGCCGGAUGUGAGCGGCGAUUUUGACAUAGACUUCCGCACUGUCUGCAACGCUGCACAAGCCUUGAACUAUCUAUCCCGAAGACAAAAUUCUGUCGUGGCAGACAGACUUGCCAUAUUGGCGAACAUGUGCAGAUAUGAGAUCAGACUCGACAUACAAGCUGUAGAUGCCCUCGGCUUCGGCUUCAGCAUUUGUGCCUAUAUCAUGGCAGUCUUGAAUGGCGACUUCUCCAUCGAUGCGGCAUACAGCGAUUGGAAAAUGACCGGGAGGACUGGACGUCAAGACUAUCUCGUAUCAGGGCCACCAGACAGACAAUCUGCUAUCCACAGCCCGAGACCGUAUUCGUGGUUCAUUGCUGAAGACGCCACACUCAAUAAACUUCCCUACUUCGACCACGAUGCCAACCCCCUUCGCAUCGCCGUUCUCCCAGGGCCCUUGAUGAGCGGUCUUGGCGUACACGGCUGCAUUUGGCUCGCAGACCACUCUCUCGAUCUGUCCAGCCUAGUCUCAACCUUUAGGUCACUCCAAGCAACCGAAAUACUCAUCGCCCUCCAAUCGCCCUCAUGGGAAGACUCCGUCAGCACAACCUGGGAACCGAAAUAUUUCUCCCUCGAAGACGCCAGAGCACAAUUCCUCAUUUCCCUCCUCUGCCAUCUCUACAAACACAAAUACUUCGCUCUGCACAACCACAUCUGGACCUCCCAUAAACGUCGCCCUACAACAUCUCAACUCCAAACCCCCGAAAUCGCAAGCUGGGCCGCAGCAUCUUUCGAAGAAAUCGUCAACAUCGAAACCGAAACUAUCAAAUUACCACAUCCGUUUCCAAGCUUCAAAACGACCAAACCGCGCUACCAAGCCAAACAUCCUUUUGUGUCGUUGAACACACGAGUAACGAAACAUUUGAUCCAGACUAUACUAUCCACAAGCUCUCUCAUCGUUGCACGACCUCGUAAUUCUUCCCCAGAUUCCAAGGAAUCAUACGCUGCGUUCUUCGACAAACAUGUCAAACUGGGCGAUAUAAUAUUUACGCCGAGGAGCAAUGGUACAUUGGGUGUUGUGCCGGGAUAUUCAUGGUAUCCCCAUGUUUGGCUUUUAGACAAAUUGCGGACUGAUAAUGAGGGUGGACAUUGCGUGACAGCGACCUCACGUGGUUUCGUGCGUGGGUCAUGGAUAGGAAAUGAUGAGUUUGAGGAGACACUGUUACUGAAGUAG